CCGAAAUACCGAACUAUUUUCAAAAUGUGUUGACCGGUCGGUCGGAAAUGGGCCAUAAACCCUACCUCUCGCCAUUUCAGCCCUAGCACAGCUCACUAAAACUCGACAUAGUCGCCGAACUACAUCCAUAUUCCUUCAAUUGCUGCCGGAUUACCAGCACAGGUACUAGUUUUUUUUGGAGAUAAAAGCUUUAUUUUCUAAGCUUUUGUUAUCGCGGUUAUUAUAAACCACACUCAUUUAUGGGUGUUCUGGAGGAGAUAUCUGGGAAAUUUGAACAAAAUUUGGACUUGAUACGGAAUUGUUUCGGAGAGGCUUUGACUGGAUUGGAAGCUAGAGAAAAUCAUCUGAAUGGAGUACAAGGAUCUCUUUCUGAAAGUUCUAGAGAACUUGCUCUGAUGCUAGAGGCCAUUGAAGCUCGGGCGAAGGAAUUUGAGGAGAAGGAGAGAGAGUUUCGUUUGAUUUUGGAACAAGGGUGGAAAGAAUUGGAUGUAAAAAAGAAUGAAUUGAGUUUGAUUAGAGAUGAUAUUAGAGUUAGGGAAGAGAAAUUGAGUGAGCAAGAGAAGUUGAUAGGAGGGCUUUUUGAGAGGAUAGAGUUGGAGGGGAAACAUAUUGGGGAUCUUAGAUGUUCUGUCGAUGAGGGUUUUAGAGAAAUAUGUUUGAAAGAAAGGCAGGUAGCGGAUCGUUGGAGGGAGCUCGAGUUGGUUAAGAAACAGAUUGGGAGUAGAGAAAAUGAGCUUGAUAAGAAAAAGGAAAAGUUGGAGAGUUUAGAGAAGGAGAUUGAGUUGAGGGAAAAGGUUUUGGGUUCAAAACAGGGGAUGCUUGAAGCUAGAGAAAGUGAGCUUGAGGCUAGGGAAAAGGUUUUGGAGUUACAGAAGGAGCUUGUCAUGAAACAGAGAGAGCUUGACUCUGCUCUGAAAAGCAAGGAAUGUUGUUCUAAUAAACCGGGUUCAAUAAAUCCAACACCAUCCCCAGAAAGGACAAAGAAAAGAAGGAAAAGUGAAGACAAGGGCGCAUCUGAGAAUGAAUCUGAACAACGUGCUCUCAUUGAUCUGGUUGGAUCAGACUCUGGUGAUUCAGGUCAUUCAGGUUUGGGAUGUGAUCUAAAGGAGUCCCAUUCAGUGUCGGAAUCCGAUUCAGCUUAUUCAGGUUCAGCAUGUGAUCUUGGUCAGGCAGGUUUAGGCUUGGCCAAUUCAAACUCAAGUCCUACUUAUCAUUCGAACAAAUUGUUUAAUAACUUCAGAAGAGCGUACACCUUAAGCAGCUUUCGUGUUGGUCAAAUUUGGGCUCGUUCCUAUCAUAGUAGUAAUGAUAAGAUACAAAAAUUAUAUGCAAGGAUCCUGAAGGUACGUGAUCCUAUUGUUCUUGUUGCAUGGCUCCAGCCUGUGGCACAUUAUCAACUUACAAUGCCGUAUAAGAGGUCCAAAAGUGUGAAGUUACCUGAUACAUCGCAGGGUUGGAACGAGUGGAUAGAUACUGGCUUACCAGUUGGUUGUGGUGGAUUUAUAUGUGGUAAAGAAGAGGCCUUGUCAUUGUCUAGUUGUAACUUUUCGUAUCAAGUUUGCUACAAAGAGACUCUUACUUCUUGGCAUCUUAUUACUCAUUACUUAAUUCAUCCUCAAGAGGGAGAGACUUGGGCCCUCUAUAAGGACUGGAAUACUAAUUGCUGGGCUUCGAAACCUGAUAAUCAUUUACGCUGCCAGUAUGAGAUAGUUGAGAUUGUCCAGAGAAAUUCUUUUGACACUAAAGUUGCUUACCUGGAUAAAUUGGAAGGAUAUGCAAGCUUAUAUCACAGAAGAAGCCAUGAUAAGGAGGAUAUUUUUGUGAUACACGAUGAAGAAUUCUUUAGGUUCUCCCAUGCAGUACCUUCUUUUAGGAUGAGCAGCUAUAAAAGGGAAGGUGUACCAGAGGGAUCUUUUGAACUUGAUCCCAAGUCGCUGCCUGCUGUUUUUUGAUGAAAUUUGUAACAUUCAGGUUUUUCUAAAGCAAAUACUUGAUUGAUGGUCUUCCCAUGCUGGAUUAGAAGUUCUUAUGCAGUCCAAUUAUUGAAAACAAUGCCAGUUUCUAGCCUACUGUCUGUGCAACCUGAAUGGAGCUACAUUACAUUUGUGUCAAAGUUCAAUUUCACUAGUGAUUGCUUCAAGUUCUUUCUCCUUUUGUCUCUUCUUGUCAAAGUUUAUAGUCCUCCUGUCGCCAAAACUUUCUCUGGACUACAUUGUCUCUAACCGCUAAAUGCAGAAUCAAGAUUGCUUCCGACAAUGGGCAAAUUUAAUUCUGUUCUCCUUGUCAAUGUCCACUCUUGUUGCUCUUUUGGUACUAAUUUAGAUCCAUUCAUACUUGUCCUUUGCCAUUCCAAGUUCCACUUAGCUCUUGCUGGAAUGCUUUGAUGGCCUUGCUUAGCAUGAGGAAAAUUUCUCAAAGAUAUGACUCAGGUCCACCAUUUCUUGAUCUUAUCAAUACUCACAAGUGGCAUUUUAUUAUCUUUGAUAGGUGGAAGUUGUACAAGUAUGCUUUUUGUAUCCGUUUUGUUGGAAUUACUAAAUUUAUUAGUUUGUUGACACGUUGGAUACACCCAUUCCAUAAAUUUGUUUACUGAUGCUUAAUUCUUUACCGCUUCUAGCUUGACAUAUUUUACAGAGAAUAAGUUUUUGAAACUUUUGCCACUCUUCUGAUUGUAUCUGUCAUGAAACAUACUAUAAAAAUCUCACCAUGCAUGGCGUUGCCAACUCUUAUCAUGUUGCCGCCGCGCUCUUUAGAAAGGAGAAUUAAGAAAUUUAUAUUUAGCACUACUAAGUAAUCUUUUGUGGAUUCAAAGUGUUUCUGAGCUAAGAAUGAUGGAUUCAUAUGGCUAUUUUUGGUAU